CACACACACACACACACACACUUUCGCUCUUUGUCAUUUACCUCCAUUUAUUGCUCAGGCCCGCUGAGUGACAAAGCGAAGCGCGUCUUUCGAAAUGAUUACAAAGCUAGACAGUGUGCUUUUGCCUCGAAAAAAGUUCAUCUUCCAUUACAAGAACAUGCGCUGGGCAAGAGGCCGGCAUGAGACAUACCUCUGCUUCGUAGUGAAGAGGCGAGUGGGGCCAGACUCCUUAACUUUUGACUUUGGACACCUCCGCAAUCGCAAUGGCUGCCAUGUAGAGCUGCUGUUCAUGCGCUACCUGGGAGCCUUGUGCCCUGGUUUGUGGGGGCAGGGAGGCCCCGGAGAGAAAAGGCUCAGUUACUCCAUCACCUGGUUCUGCUCCUGGUCUCCCUGCGUCAACUGCUCCGUCACACUGUCCCAGUUCCUCAGCAAAACGCCCAAUCUCCGCCUCAGGAUCUUCGUCUCUCGCCUUUACUUCUGUGACAUGGAGAACAGCCGUGAAAGAGAUGGACUAAGAAUGCUGAAAAAAGCUGGCGUGCAGAUCUCAGUCAUGAGUUACAAAGACUACUUCUAUUGCUGGCAGACCUUUGUGGAUCGGAAGCAGGGCAAGUUCAAGGCCUGGGAUGAGAUGCACCAAAACUCUGUUCGCCUUACCAGAAAACUCAGCCGCAUCCUCCAGCCUAGUGAAACAGAAGAUUUAAGGGAUGCCUUCAAGCUUCUUGGACUGUGAAACAUACCUGUGAACCUCCUCUGGAGUUAGUAUUAAGUCUAUUAUUAAGCCUUUAGACAAAAAGACAUGUUGGUGUUGGUCCAUCACUACAACUGCUAAACUGAGAAUGAGAAAAACUGAGAAAAAUAGCUUUCAAGUUGUGCCAAGGCUUGCACCGUUAGGUAGCUGCUGCUUGCUGUUUCUGUAGCAUUAUGUGAAAUAAAGCAAUGAGAUAAUGUC